GUCAACAGCCCACCUCUCCAGUCUUGGGGCUUCUUCACGCGGGCACAGGGGUGGGAGGGGGACCUGGAGAGGAGAGCCCUGGCGGCAGAGGCGGGGAACCCCGUGCUCCUGGACCAGGAUCCCACAGCGGUGUGACCGGUCCGGAAUCCCCCGGACCUCGUUUCCCUGCCCAGAUCCGCGCCUCGGUCUUGCCGGCGCGCCUGCGGGCAGCUCUGCCACGGCGUGAGAGGGUUAAGUCCCCCGCUGUCGGCCAAUGGCCGCCCGCGGCGCCGCCUGAUUAACGGACGCGCAGCGGGCGGUGCGUCCCGGCUGGGGCUGCGCUUAAAUGGCGGAGGCGGCGGUGCGCGUCCCGUACACCUUGGCCAUGAGCUGCGCGGCUGUUCCGGACCUGGCGGCGGCGCCGGAAGAGCGACGUUUCCUCAGCACUGCGGAGGCAGCCGCCCUGGAGCGGGAGCUUCUGGAGGAUUACCGCUUCGGGCGGCAGCAGCUGGUGGAGUUGUGCGGCCAUGCAAGCGCCGUGGCUGUGGCCAAGGUGUUCCCCUUGCCUGCUCUCUCCCGGAAGCAGAGGACUGUGCUGGUCGUGUGCGGCCCAGAGCAGAACGGGGCUGUGGGGCUGGUCUGUGCCCGGCACCUGCGGGUGUUUGAGUAUGAACCGACCAUCUUCUACCCCACCCGCUCCCUCGACCUGCUGCACCGCGACCUGACUACCCAGUGUGAGAAAAUGGACAUCCCCUUUCUAUCCUAUCUGCCCGCAGAGGUCCAGCUCAUCAAUGAUGCCUACAGGCUGGUGGUGGAUGCUGUGCUGGGCCCCGGCGUGGAACCUUGUGAGGUUGGGGGCCCCUGCAUACGCACGCUGGCCACGCUCAAACUGCUGUCCAUCCCCCUUGUGAGCCUGGACAUUCCCUCAGGCUGGGACGCGGAGACCGGCGGCGGGGAGACGGAGGACGGGCUCCGGCCGGAUGUGCUCGUGUCGCUCACGGCGCCCAAGCGCUGCGCGGGCCGCUUCUCCGGGCGCCACCACUUCGUCGCCGGCAGGUUCGUGCCCGACGACGUGCGCCGCAAGUUCGCUCUGCGUCUGCCAGGGUACACGGGCACCGACUGCGUCGUGGCGCUGUGACCGCCACGCGUCCCCGCGCCAAUAAACACAUCGCGCCGCCGCCACCUGGCCUC